UCAUGUUUUUCGGUGCGUCAUACAUGUUGUUUUUAGUGAUUUCUCUUACUCUUCAAGCUUCGUCUGACGCUACAAGUUGUUUAUCGGGAUGGAGUCUCAAUGAAAAUAGUUGCUAUCGCCAUUUUUCUACUAAGAAGACUUGGGAUGAUGCUGAAGCCGAUUGUGUAACUACAGGCGGCGGACAUCUCGUAUCCAUCACGUCGAACAUUGAGAACAGUUUUGUUUAUAACUUGUCAGGAAAUACAGGAGGAUACAACGUUUGGAUUGGAUUGAAUGACAAAAUUGUGGAGAACUCGUUCGUAUGGAGUGAUGGUACGACUUGUUUAUACAGACAAUGGUCUGGCAAUCAAGCUAGCAACGUUAGCUCAGAAAAUUGCACUAUACUGAAAAGGGCAAACGGUCGGUGGAAUGAUAAGGAAUGUAAUACCAAGUACUACUACGUUUGUGAAACUUCAACGCUGACCACCCAUCCUCCACCUCUUACUUCUGCGUCAUCAAUGCAAUGUCAGUCAGGCUGGACUCGUCGUGGACUGAGCUGUUAUCUUCUCGUUACGAUGCCUAGAACUUGGGAUGCGGCUGAAGAGGACUGCAAUAACAGAGGAGGACAUCUCGCGUCUAUCACAUUUGCGAAAGAGAACUGUUUGGUCUUAAGCUUAAGAGGAAUAUCCAGAUUAGAAAGCAAUGACGCAUGGAUUGGCUUGAAUGACAAAGACGUUGAGAACACAUUUGUAUGGAUCAAUGGCGAACAAAGCACAUUUGCAAAUUGGGAUAAUUCAGUUAACGAGCCCAAUGGUAAUGGUGAUUGUAUAAGGAUGGUAUAUGAUGGAACAUGGAGAGACAUAGCAUGUACAAGAAAAUUUCCGUACAUUUGCAAGUAUAACCUAAUGCCCUCUACAACGCAGACACCGACAACUGUGCAAGCUACAACAAUACCUUAUACGUCAGCAAGUGCAACUACCAAGACUUCUAGUACAAACUCUUCUACUGCAUCAGGUUUGUCCAUCACACUUCCAACCACAAUUGCAGCCACUGAGGAUCGUUCUACUAUCAGAAAUCCCACUGCGUCUGCCUCAACUACAACGCAAUCGACGUCAUUAGCGACGACUGUUGUAUCACCGACUACUGCUGAAGGCAGUACUCGAUUGCCUACUAGGACUUCCACGUCUGUGUCAAUUGCAACUCGAUCUACAUCAACUUCUUCAUGGCCAAACACUGUUAAAGUCAACACUCAACUGUCCACCACAACUUCUACGCGCGCGUCAUCGAAAGAGGCUACAACAUCGGCAACCCGUAUGUCAACAACACCUACUGCUCGCGCUAACGACCGUCUUUCUACACUGAUGGGCUCAACAAUUUUUUCUGUCUUGCCUCGUGAUUCUACAAAAGCGAUGGUCACAAAAUCUGCAUUCACGUCACAAAUUCGCACAACACAAAUUUCUAGGUCUAGCAAUUCCAGACAAGUAACAACUCGUGAGGCAACGACACUAAUGGCAACAGACUUGGAUACAAUAGCUCAUGAAACAAAAUCGAGUUCUUCGAACCAUACAACAUACACAGCAGUUGGUGCAGCCAUCGGAGUUUUUGUUGUAAUUGCGGCUAUAAUCUCCGUAUUUAUUGUCCGGAGAAGAAGAGCAAGAAAGUCGGAUUUUAACAAAACAAUUCGAUCACAUGCGGCAGGCUCUAAAUGUGGGUCAGCAUAUGACGCAGGGUUUACCGGUACGGCAACUAUCUCAAAUAGGCGACAUGAAAAGAGCAACAAUUUGUGCGAUGGAAAAAUAUUGAAGAAAAAGAAGAAAAAGGGUCUUUACUCAAUGGAUGUAGAAACAUCAGACGAUCUGCAGUUGAAUUCACUCUAUAGCCGCAUGGCGUUCCGUAAUCGCAUGACUGAAAAUCUUGCAAUGGCUGCGUCUCAUAAAGAUUCUAGAGCUGACAAGAUGAAUGUACUUUAUGAAUCAGCAGCUCGGCGAGAGGAAACUGCGGCAAGUGAGUCAGAGAACUUCAUUUACAACAUCCACAUACGAUUCUUUCACCAGCCGCGCUAUUAUUACUACUACUACGCGACUUUAAUCCGUGUUUCAGACUUCAAUCGGCUGUUUCGCCGCAAAGGCAAGAAAGUUCUUUUGUUGAUAGACAGCUGUCCAGCACACAAGUGUGAAGCAAUUCAAGACAGCCUUGGUCAUGUCAAUGUUGUGUUUCUCCCUCCCAACACGACCAGCAUUAUUCAGCCAUGUGAUGCUGGCAUUAUUAACGCAUUCAAGCUGAACUACCGCCGCCUGAUGCUGAGGAAAGUUGGCGGGCUAGUUGAUAAUCCCACCAUUGAAAAGCUGGACACUAAGGCCCUGAAGAAGAACAUCAGCAUGCUCUACUGCCUCCAGUAUGUAAAAGAUGCUUGGCAGUCUGUGACAGAGACCACUGUUCAGAAUUGCUGGAGGAAGGCUGGGUUCUCUGCUGAGAUGCAAGCCACUGAGGACAACACUGUCCCUGAAGUCCAGUCUGAGCUUGCCCAGAACAUCCAAGAACUUUCAGAACUUGACAAGGAUGCACCCGUCUACAUGCAGCCAUCUGAAACGCAGAGCAAAUUGUGCAGAAAUUCAAGAUGCAGACUUGAACAAGUUAAACCACAUACAAGAAUAGCACUAUACAUGCCGCAAUGGGUUUGUCUUGAGACUGUGACAACGUUUUUGAGUGUCGAUGUAGAAUACUUAAAUCGUGGUGUUGCAUACUGUGCAGACGGUUUCUACUUUGUUGAUCUGCUUUUGAUCGAGACAUCUAUGUACAAUAUUAGCAUCAAAGAGAAAAAUUGGAAUGAUGCUGAAGCUAAUUGUGUUACGAAAAGCGGGCAUCUCGUAUCCAUCACGUCGAACAUUGAGAACAGUUUUGUCUAUAAGUUGGCAAAAGAGAGUGGAAAGGACGUUUGGAUUGGAUUGAAAAUUGUGAAGAACUCGUUCGUAUGGAGUGAUGGUACGACUUGUUUAUACAGACAAUGGGAUAAAAAUCAGCCCAGUCGUAGUACAUCAGGUUGCACGAAGGUGACAAAAGGAAAUGGUCUGUGGAAUGAUAAGGAUUGUUCUGACAAGAGGUUCUACGUUUGUGAAAGUCCAACGCUGACUACACAUCCUCCGGCUCUUACUAAUGAGUCAUUGAUGCAAUGUCAGUCAGACUGGACUCGUAGUGGAAUGAGUUGUUACCUUUUCAUUGCAAUUCCCAAAAGUUGGGAUAAGGCAGAAAAGGACUGCAAUAACAAAGGAGGACAUCUCACGUCUAUCAUAUCUGCAAACGAGAAUUGUUUGGUUUUAAGUUUGAGAGCAACAUUCAAUUCAUUAAGCAACGACGCAUGGAUGGGCUUGAAUGACAAAGACGUUGAGAACACUUUUGUAUGGAUCGAUGGCGAGCAAAGCACAUUUACAAAUUGGGAUAAUUCAAUUAACGAGCCCGAUGGUAGUGGUGACUGUGUGAGGAUGGUAUAUGAUGGAACAUGGAGAGACAAAGAAUGUACAAAAAUAUAUCCGUACAUUUGUAAAUACAAUCUCAUGCCUUCUACAACGCAGACACCGAUAACUUUGCCAGCAAAAACAAUAUCCUACACGUCAGCAGGUGCAACUACCACAACUACUAUCAAGUCUUCUAGUGCAAACUUUCCUUCUACAGCUUCGUCUACCACACUUCCAACCACAGUUGCAGCCACUACGGAUCAUCCUACGACUAAAAGACCCACGACGCCUUUGGAAAUCACAACACAACUUACGUCAGCAUCAGCAACUGUUUCAAAAACUGCCAAAAGCAGCACACAGUUGCCUACAACAGUGUCGACAUCUGAGUCGAUUACAAAACGAUCUACUUUAAUGCCAAAAUCUAGCUCAUCGCCGACGACUGCUGUCGCCAGCACACAACCUUUUACCACGAUUACAAUGUUUGCCUCAUCAAAAAUUGUUACACAAUUAGAUGCAUCUACAAAUCGUGUAUCAACAACAGUUACUGCUCGUGCUAACAAGAAUCUUUCUACAUCAUUUGUAUCAACACCUCUAUUAGUUUCAACAAGCAGCUCUGCACAAAGCUCGACUACAAAACCUACUUUCGCGUCACACUCAACACAAACUUCUCGUUUUGUCAAUUUUACACACUCAGUGUUAGCAACUCUUCGUGAUGACGAAACUCCAACAACAACAACAACAACAACAACAACAACAAAAACAACAACAAACCAGACAACAGAAGGAAACAAAGCAAAAUCGAGUUCUUUAAACAUCACAAUGUACGCUGCAAUUGCUUCUGCAGUUGCCGUUAUUGUUUUAGUCGCGUUUGCAAUUUGUGGAUUUCUUCUCUGCAGAAGAAGAGCAAACAAGCUGGCGCUGGCAGAAAGCUCGUCUGCAAGCGGCGUUGCCGGCAAUUCUACAAUUUCGGGCGUCCGCUUUACUAUGCAGGGAUCAAGGUACGUUGACUGUGAGCCUACAACAGCGAUAAUGCACAAACCAGCACAAGCACGUAUUCAAAAUGCAAGCAAAUCUGCUCUUGAUAGUACAACGGUAGGCGCUCAUUUCACGAGACGCGGAUCAACAAUGGAGGUUGAAGUUUACUGUGAGCCUAUAAAAGCUACGGGAAAGGAACCAACACAGACACCAAUCGGAUCACCCGAAGAUGAAAGUGGAUAUCUCGUGCCUUCUUCUUUCACAGAAAAGAUGCAGUUAUGCGAUCAACCGACGAGCAAUCGCGUUCUUAAACCGCAACGUGGUUUUAGAAACAUUGUAUAUGACGUCGACACAGCUCCAGAGACAACGUCAAGGAAGCAAAACGCAUAUACUGCUUCGUUGAAAUCAGACGCUGAUGAUAAAUAUUGGGAACCGGCCUCUACGGAAAAGGAACUAUACGGGCAACUUGAGAGGCGGCGCUUCAGACACAUCGACAGACGUAACCUCAUCGACAGAAAAGAGAUCGGAUCAGGGGAAUUUGGGGUGGUAGAGAAGGCAGUGUGGCGUGUGAAUGAUAGAGAGAAGUUAGCAGUGGCGGUCAAGACUCUGACGAGUGAAGCUGAUGUUAAUGAUCGCGUCAAGUUUCUUCGCGAAGCAGCGAUUAAUGGUCAAUUUCGUCAUCGAAACGUUGUUCGUCUUCACGGUGUUGUCACUAUUGGAUCUCCUAUCAUGCUGGUUUUGGAAUACAUGCAGAAUGGUGAUUUGAAAAACUACCUUGUAAAUCAAAGCUCAGAUGGCAAAUGUUGUUUUCCCGGAUUCGACAAAACGCUGCUGAACAUGUGCCGUGGUAUCGCAAGUGGAAUGGACUAUCUUUCACGCAAGUUGUUUGUUCACAGAGUCAGUGUUGAUCUAUUAGAGAACUGCUCUUUUGGAAUUCUAGUAACGAAUCUGAUUUUCGUAUAGGAUUUAGCUGUAAGAAACAUUUUGUUGGACAAGCAGCUGACGUGCAAGAUUGCAGAUUUUGGCUUGGCACGUGACGUGUCUGACGACAACUAUUACGUUACUAAAGGUGGAAAAGUUCCAAUAAGGUGGUGUGCCCCUGAG